GGGUGGGAAGUGUAGUGAGGGUGUGAAGGAGCGGAGGAGGGCAGCGGCGUGAGGCGGGUGUGUGUUGGCUGCCUCCGUCCCCACCACACCACCCAGGACCAGACCUGUAUUGAUUAGUUACUUUGGGCGGCCCCCCCUCGCACCACCAUGUAAUGGUGGAAAUGCUGCCCCAUGGAAACACAAUGGGUGACAGACAGCGUAAUUUUGCGCAAUAUGCUACAGCCCUAAAUCAAUUUGCAAGCUUUAAUAAUGACGGAGGCGGUGCAGAACGAAGCAACCGCGACCGUGGAGAUGGCGGGGGUGGGGUCACAGCCCCUGGUAGCAACAGUGGAGGGAGUGGCGGCAGCAGUGGUGCUAGUCAUGGAGGGACAACAGCUGCAGGGAAUGCUACUUUGUGGGGGGAGCUGAGUAGGUCACUGCAGUACAACAACUACCCAGGGUUUGGGACUGCCUGGCAAGGUGGCGGUGGUGACAUGCGACUGUAUGGCUACAGCAGCUAUGGGGAAGGUCAAGUUGAUGGUCGAGCCGAGCCUCGGGCCGAUAACCGUGCCGAGGGUCGACGGGUGCCCAGUAAAGGGGAGACAAAAGCCACCCCCCCACUGCCCCCUGGCAUGGCACCAGGAGUUGGUUCAGCCUUGGCUUCCCUGCAGCAGCUGGUAGCCAGCGGUGGGGAUGCUGCCACAGUAUACCGGAGCCUCCUUGCUGCUAGGCAGUAUGCUGCUGCUGCUGCUGCCCUUGGUGCAAUUCCAGCCCCUACUUCAAUUAAUCCAGCUGCCUUACAUGCUGCCUCACCACUUAACUCUCAUCACCAGCAGCAACAGCAGCAACAACAGCAGCAGCAGCAACAACAGCAACAACAGCAGCAGCAGCAGCAGCAACAACAUCAACAACAGCAGCAGCAGCAGCAACAGCAACAGCAGCAGCAGCAACAACAACAAAGAAGGCAUCAACAACAGCAGCAUCAGCAGCAACAACUACAACAACAGCAUCAUCAGCAACAGCAUCAGCAACAUCAACUACAGCUCCAACAUCAGCACCAACAGCAACAACACCAACAGCAGUUGCAACAGCAGCAAGCGGCAGCAUUGGUUACUGCAGCUACUGCUGGGCUGAAUGGUGAGGGUUUAGCCAUGCAUGGUGCUCCACGCUUGCAGCAGGUUUCUCCGCAGGGUAGGAAACAUUGCUCGUCUGUUCCUUCAGAGAUGAGGCAUGAGGACCCACAGCCUUCUCCGGGUAGAACGCGUUCUCAUCCUUUACCUACCAGCAUAAGUAGUCAAGAAGUCCUCUGUACUCCUGCGAAAGUAAAAGAUGCUAAUGAAGUUGCUAGUGGUGUUGAUGGCAGUGGUGAUGGGGGUAGUGAUAGUAGACGGGUGCAGAGUGGAAGUGAAAGCGAGGGGGAUCAGCGAACCAGACACCGUCGUAAACAAGAACAACCUAGGCGACAGAGCGUCAUAUACCCUAUCACUGCACAGCCUGAAGGGGGAAGUGGCGGGGGCGGUGACUCCAGUUCGGAUGAUUCUCAGGGGUAUGAUGUUUUACUGACGAGGAGUACCGUAGAUCACAGGGACUCGCCCCACGAUUCACUCCGUAGUAAUUCUCCUGCUGACCCUUCCUUGCGGCUGCCACCUUCCAGAGAAGCAUUUCCUAAUCAGGGUAUGAGUCAGGCCAUGAGCCAUGCCCUUGCCCACCCUUUCUUAGCAGCUCAUCUGAAUGCCAGUCAGUUACUACAAAUGACUCAGACACCAACAUCAGGAAAAGCAGAUGUGCCUGUCCCUCACCCGCAGCCGCUACAACAGUUACAAGUGCGAACAGAUCUCCUCGAGCCCCAUCCUAAGGAAGUAGAGACUUACUCUAUUCAAGAGGCCCAAAGACCCCUAUCCCAGUCCCAGAUAACCAUGCAAGAAGUUGAGUUAAAUAGUGUAAGGACUCCUCCUAUUAAUGCUUCAGUAGAUGGCACCACAGCACCCGUCAAAAAACGGAGAUGUUCUCCGAGGUACUUGGAAAAUGAUACCAGCAGUGUAAGUGAUCCGUUAGGUAACAGCACAAUAAGUGAGGUAGGAAGAAGUGACAGGGGGGAAAAUAGUGUACCAAGUGUAAGUGUUUCCAUGUCAGGUGAGGAUAGUACUGCACAUACUUUAAGUCCUAACAUAGAGAGCACCCCUGUAAAUGGUGUUAGUGCAAUUAGUGAGGAUGUGGUAAAGAAUGCAAUUAGUAGCAGUAGCAACAGUCAAUCUUUGUUAAAUGUGAAUACAGAAAAUUGUGAAACUGAUAGUGAUGUACAUAAAAAUUUAGGCAAAAAUGAUCAAGAUUAUUUCAAUGGCGAUCAUGAAAUAUUUGAUAGUGCAAGAAAAAAUGCUAGAAAAAGAAAAUCGGAAAGUGAUUCGGUAACAGAAAUGGAAUUUCAGGUUGACGGGCAGCUAGAGGAGUGUAGUGAUACUAAGAGAAGGACUAGGCAAAAAAGGGCAGUUUCUUAUGCGGAGGAUGGCACAGAUCCUGUAUUAGAAAUGAAUGAGGACUCUUCGCCCGAUACGACUCCUUUGAAGAAGAAAGGUCGUAAAACAAAAGAUACUAGGGAUAGGAUAGAUGGCGAGAGUAAUCCUAGCCCAGAGCAACAAGUUCAAAGUGAUCCCCCAAGCACUCCUCCAACUCUUCCACUGGAAGAAUCUCCAGGAAAGUCAUCUCAUAACUCUCCUCCUGGCGGGAGGCGCGGCCGUGGUGUCCUUCGUGGCAUUACUAGGGGUAGAGGGAGGUUGGUGGCUCCUGGUUUACAAGAAUUCUCAAGUAUUACAGAACCACUGCAUGUGGACACAACACUGAUUCAUGAGCCAGAUUUGAGAGUUCCUGCUCCACCACCCAUUACUCCUUCUUCGUGCAGCCCAGAUGUGUAUGAUUUUAACGACACUGAUAGUGAUGGGGUUGGUCGAGGAAAGAAGGGAAAACGUGGUAGAAAGAAAGGUGGCAGCCCUAAAAAAAAUUCAAAGUCACCACUUGAGAUGGCAAAAUCAAGUAUUAGCCCUAGACCAAGAGAACCACAUGCGAAGUCUCCACGGUCACCAAAGUUUUUUUCCAGUUCUCGCAGCCCUAUUUCAGAAAGAAACAAAGAAUGGCUUCGAGGUAUCUCUCCGCCUGUCAGAGAUUUGUCAAAAUCUCUGGCCGAGAUGCCAUCGUCGGAGAGCACAACAAUUAGUCUUUUGCAAGAGAGUAGUGUUGAUAUAAGCAAAACAGUACCUCUAUCCGAGGACAUCUUUAUACAAGAUUCUCAGAGUACUGAUACUCCAGCUACAGAUAAUGCAGCCAAGGCAGAUGGAAAUGUGAUAUCUCCAAGAAGAAGUAGUAGGAGGAAUAGGACUAGAGACAACCAGGAAAUUGUUACUGCCAAGGGUAAUGAAUCCAUGGAUUCUAACCUUCCAUCUUCUCCGUCGGGCAACUUAAAAAAUAACACAUCUUUCUCAGGGCUGAUCUCGGGCAAUGCACAAAGCAAAGAGGAUAAGGAUGAAAAAAGUAUAGAGUUGGCAGCUUUGGUACCACAACCAGUUGAAAGAGUAGGGUCUCCAAGUAGUAAAAUUCGAAAAAGGGGCCGAAGAAGUGGAGACCCUCUGAAUGACCAACAGAUAAACAGUGAUGAAACACAGACACCUUCCAUACUAGAAACUGAUGAACAAAAGCCUGCAGUGGAGAGACUCUUGCAAACUGAAGAGUCUUCUAUAAAGUGCGAAACAAAUUUAGUAAAAUGUGUAGAUAAAUUUGCAGGAAAACAAGAAAUAGGGUCAGCGGAUGGGUUAGAAACUGGUGUAACAGAAAUAAAAUGUGAACUUACAAAGCCCGUGGGAACUAAACCAAAAGCCAAAGGGAGGGGCAAGGGGAAAAAAAAGACUGCUGGCAAAUCCUCGAAGAGCAAAAGAGCUCAGACAAAAAAUGAAGUCAGCAAAGAAAACAGUGUGCUUCCACAUGAAACCAAACAGUAUGAACUUGUACCUGAAGGUACACUUGAUGACAUUAAAACUUGUAGUGGUAUAACCAGCAUCACUCAAGAAGGUUCAUAUAGCAAGGAUAAAACCUUGGUUCAUGAAUCAAGCACAAGUGUACCUACUUCCCCAGUCAGUGACACUUCAAAAUGUGAUGGUACUCCACGCAAAAAUAGACCCAAGAGAGGUGCCGAUUAUUAUCUUGUACAAAACAACCCCCAACCUGUGGAUGGGACUUCCAAUGGACCUGAUUUAGCAUCUUGUCAAAAUUCCACAGACGAAACUAUUACUGUGAUAACACAAUUAAUGGAGGAGUCAGAAUCUCGAGGGAGAAGAUUGAGAGCUAGAAGGGCGAGUGCCAAACAGGAUGCAAAGUCAGAGACUCAGAAUGCAAAGCCUGAGAAUCUAGAGGAUUCAAAGCCCGAGACUCAGGAUACGAAGCCCGAGACUCGGGAGGAUUCAAAGCCAGAGACUCGGGAUGCAAAGCCAGAGACUCCGGAUACAAAAUCUGAAACUCAAGAUACAAAAUCUGAGAUAACAGAUGUAAACAAUGAAGCCAAAGAUACAAAGACUGACUCAUCAGAGACUAAAUCUGAUGUUCAGAAUGGUAUGUGUGAAACACAAGCAACAAAAUCAGAAAUCCAGGACACAGCAUUGGAGACUGAGGAGACAAAACUGGAGACUCGGAUAGCAGACUUGGAAACCCAAAAUGUACCGCUUAAAAUCCAGGAUACAAUAUCCGAGUCCCAAGAAACAAGAUCAAAAUCUUCAGUUACAAAUUUGGAAACGGAGGAAAAAUCAGAUGCAAAAGAGGUAUCGUGUGCAUUAAACACUUUGGAAGCAAGUCCUACUGAACCCAGUAUUAAUCCUAUAAUUUCAUUAGAUGCUCCAGAGACUUCAAGUAUACCAAUUGCUCCUCCAGAUGCUUUAGAGGUACCUCAAGGUACUGAUGUGGAUGUGGAUGCUGAAACUGUUGAGAAUAUUGCAAAAUUUUUGGAAGAGACUGCCUCCAGUAUUCCUGCAGCUACUGAGGAAAGUUAUGUGGACAAACGUCCAAAACGAUCCUCUCGUCCACCGAGGAAAAUGGAUGAAAAUGAGAUGAAUGAUCUUCUAUUGCUUCUUAAUAUGGAAGAUGAAGAGAGUGAAGAUGAAGAUUACGUCCCCAAGGACUUUGACAACUUUGACAGUAUGGCUGAAAGUGAUGAUGGGGGAGAUAGUGAGGGUAAUGAUAUUGGAGAGGAUGAUGAAUUUGAUUCCAGUGAUUGUGAAAGUGGGAGCAGAGGAAGUGGUACUCGAAGUAAUCUCUUGAGUAUGGCUAGUGAUAUUAGUGGUGAUAAUAACUUUGUGCCAACAGCCCUGAAACAUGGCAAAGCAGGACCUGCCAAGCAGAAGGGACUCAAGAAAGACAAAGGUAAGAAAGGGAAAGUUGAAGCUUCUAGUGCCAAGAAAGGAAAAUUUAGUAAAGGGAAAAUAAAAAAUUAUAAUAAGUCUAGAAGUGAUGAUGUAGAAUUAAGAAAAAAAAGUGAAGAUGGAAGGAAAAAAGGUGAAACUUGUGAAAGAAGAGGUCCUUUUAUUCGAUUAGAUAAAACUAGGUGUAGAGAAGUAAUUGUCAAUACCCCUCACCGGGAUGAGGACGAGCAAGAGAAAACGAUACGGAAAUCCAGCAUCCAGUUUUACUGUAAGAUUGAAGCUAAGCAAAAGACUGCCAAAGUAGGUUAUAACAGCACACUUCAUAACAAUUACGAUGCCUUCUCCAAAGAUACCUCCUGGUAUUGCUCAUUAUGCAAGAACUACAGUCAUUCGUGUAAGCUUGGUGACCUGUAUGGGCCUUAUUUCAUCGAAGGUCUAACGCUAUUGAAGAAGCAGUACCCGCUGGUACUGGAGGGACAAGUGGUGGAGUCCUCUUCACCGUCUGAAAUAGGCAAGCUGAAAAAGCGCACCCAAAGACGAGAGUCCACGUCUGAUGGCUCGCUAGAAACUAAAAAGUUGGAACUCGGAGGAUCGUCCCCGCCGUGGAGGUUUGUUCCUGCAGCCACCCCGGCUCGGAUGCUGGGUCGUCCUGCAGCUAAGGAGGGCGGACCCCAGCAAAUGCCUGAUACUCCGAAUUCAGUCAUUUCAACUAAUACAAAAGAAGUCACAAGCGAAGAGGCUCCAGCCACCUCGACUACUCCGGCCGUGAUGAGACCCCCAGGAACAGAAUGCUGGGUGCACGAAGCUUGUUUACUUUGGGCCCCAGGGGUUCACGUUAAUAAUAGCAAGCUUUGUGGAUUGGAAGAGGCAGUUAUCCAUGCUCAGGACAGUAUAUGUAACAAUUGCAGUGAGGCGGGGGCGACGAUAGCAUGUCUAGGGAAAGGUUGUUCAAACAUGGUGCAUGUACCUUGUGCAACCCACCUCCAGUGGACCUUGGAUCAUCACACCUUCAAGUCUCUCUGCCCUAAGCAUACUAAGCCGACUUAAUAGAGGAGAGGGGCCUCGUGUAGGCUUAGUUUUACUGUCAAGAUACAAAACAUUUAUAAAUCUCAUUUUAUUUUCAAUUGUAAUAUAUUGUACAGAUAUUGUUUUGUAUUUUUGUCCAGUAUACAGUAAUAUGUAUGUUUUAUGCAAAAGACCAACCGUUGCAAAAUUUUAUGAGUCGUAAAUGUCAUUAUUAAAAAAUCUCUUGGAAAAA